UCCCUCUGUGGCAGGCGGUGGUGGAGGAAAUGAAGGCAAGUUCCUGCCCUGGCAGGAGCCAUUAGCCCCCGAAGCGGCGGGAGUCGGGACUUGCUGCGCUCCCCCCCCCCCCACAUUGUGCGCCCAGUGCCCAGGCCGCCCGACGAGCUGCGACCUCCGCCCUCCCUCUGAACUGUGCCCCGACCGGGUCGGCCGCCAGGUCGGCCGCCCUCCCUCCUCCCUCAGGGGAGGGGCAGGGCUAGCGGGCCACACCGCCGAGCACUAGCCGAGUGCCUGGAGCCCGGGCCAGGUGCACUGGAGCCAUGGAGGGGAAGAGACAGGGGGCCAACGGGGACAUAAAGCCUUCUUCUCCCACUCCUUUGACCCAGGGAAUAACCGAUGCCUAAAAUCUGGCCUUCCUCUUCAUGGGAUAGGACUCUUGCCCUGGUCCUACUACCUGGGCCAGACAUUUGACCUCCCACCUGAAGUGCUGCCCUUCCUGUCAGCUGCUGGAGGGCCACUGGGCCCUCUGUGCAGCCUUGGCACAGGGUGGGCAGCUCCUCCUCCAGCUCCCAGUCACCGGGCAUGGCGGCCCCUGGUCGGAAGCGCAAAGCUAACUUUUCUAAUGAUGAGACAGAGACACUGGUGUGGAACGUGGUUCGGCAUUUUGGGGCCUUGUACGGGGCCGAGGCCCUGCGCACCCAUUCUGCCCUCCGAAACCAGCUCUGGGGCCAGAUCCAGAGCCGAGUGAACUUCCUGGGUUACACUGAGCGCUCUGUGGAAGACCUGAAGCACAAGUGGCGGGAUCUACGGCUGGACGUCAAGCGGAAGCUCACCUCCAAGAAGGGCCCCCCUGGCAGCUGUGGUCCCCAUAAGGCCCGCCUCACACCCUUGGAGAAGAUGGUGGCCUCCACCUUUACCCAGGCCAGCCCUGAGGCAGAGCCAGAGGCUUUCUUUGACUCUGAGCCUGGCCUUGAGCCCCCAAUCUCUCCAGCCCUCCGAAAUGGCAUGAUGGUCUCCUAUGCCUCGGUGGAUGAGGAGGAUGAAGACACUCAGGCAGCACCCGGCCACGUCAAGGAAGGAGAGGAAGAGGAGGAAGAGAGACGUGGAAUGCUGCUGCUCCGACACUGCAGCUCUCGGACCUCCCUCGCCUCGCUUCCUGAGGACCCAGGUGAAGCCCCUCCUGACUGGGAUGGCCCUGCUGUGGUCAGCGACCUCAGCCAGGUCCUCAGCCCCUCGCAGCUGCCCCCACCUUCACUUGAAGAUGAAGAGAGAGGAGAUGGGACCAGCAGGGGCAGACCUCGGGGUAUGAAUUGGGAAAAACUGGAGGAUCCAGGCCCCCGUUCCCCACUGUUCCGUGAAGAGUCUCUUCCUUCCUCAGCCUCGCCAAGUGGGGACCCCCUCCGGGGGGGUAUGAGCUGUUCCCGGAGUGCUCGGGAGGCCUGGCGGACUAACCUGCAUCGGCUCUUGGACCUGGAGGAACAGUGGGACCAGCUAUACCACCAGGAGCUGGGGGUUUGGCAGGAAGAGCGGGCCCAGCAACGAGAGGAGCGGGCCAGAGACCGGGAGCUCCAGUCCCGCCUCCUCAGUGUCCUCACAGACAUUAGGGAUGAACUUCGCUACUUGCGCCAAGAGAGGGCCUUUGCCCGAAGGAGCCAAGCCAUGGCGGCAUCUGCCGCUGCCAACACAGCCCAGAGUCUCUCCCCACCCCUGGCCUUCCCCACCCUGGGGACCCCCCUCUCAGGGACCUCACCACAUUCUGGCCCCUCCUUCCAGCCUGGCUCGGGGGCUGGCUUCCCAGGCCCCGCCCUCGCCAGCACUGGCCGGGGGGAGUCAGUAGGACUGAGCCUCAGUGGAAGGCCGCCGAGGCGAGGCCGAGGAAGACCCCGGGGCUCCACAUCCAAACACAAAAGGCCCCCCUUAGCUCACAGCUAGGGGGGG